UCAGUUCCAGCAUCAGAGCUCUUCCAUUGAGAAAAAUCCACAGGAGAUCGGCGUGUUUUGAUAUAUUUUUGCUCGCGGAGCUGCGGGGGAUGUAGGAAGGAAAAUCUGCGUCCACUUCAUUUUCACGCUGCCACGAAACUUCACCGAACGAAGUGAAGACUCCUGCAACAUGGACGGCUUUUAUGACCAGCAGGUCCCCUUUGUGGGCCCCGAGAGUAAGGAAGCAGAGACGUGUCUCAGCGACAGGAAAAGGAAGUUUGUGGACACGGAGCUGGCUCAGGACACAGAGGAGCUUUUUCAAGAUCUGAGCCAGCUCCAAGAAAUCUGGAUUGCAGAAGCUCAGGUUCCUGAUGACGAGCAGUUUGUGCCAGAUUUCCAGUCCAAUAACCUGAUGUUUCAUGCGCCGGCCCUGAGCAAAGUGAAACGAGAGCCCAGUCCGUCCAAAGACCCGUCCCCCUGCAGGACGCCUCAAGCUGACAUGUGCCUUUAUAGUUACAGUGCCUGUGACAACAAGCCAGCUCUGACUCCAGCCUCCACACCUGCACUACAGCGGGGGCCCCCCCAUCCAACGGGACCCCCGCCCUUACAGAGGCAGCUGCAGCCAUCGACCCCGCAGCUGACCGGUACCUGCCUGCCAAGCCACGUGUCUGCCAUGAGCCCCUCCCACCACCACGGCCUCCCACCGCAGACCAGCCAAAACCAGCAGUUUGCUCUGCCGCGCCCCCCCACCAGCUGUCCCAGUGCAGCAGCUUUCAGCAGCGAACAAAGGUUCCAGCGGCAGCUCUCAGAGCCCUGCUUGCCCUUCCUCCCGCCGGACAAAACCACACAGAGGCCGUACCCCACCUCAAGCCGGGACGGGCGCCCGCUGUACCAGCGCCACCUCUCGGAGCCCCUGGUGGCCCAAGGCCCCAGAGCUUUCAAACAGGAGCUGGUGGACCCACGGUACACGGAGCAAGGGCCACCCAAUCCAGGUCGAGCCCAGCCGCAGACCACCUUCAACCACGUCACGAUCAAACAGGAGCCGAGAGACUUUGGCUUCGACGCAGAGGUUCAGACCUGCCAGUCGUCAUCAUAUGGAAAGUCUUCUGUCUUGUACCAGAACAACAACAUAGGAUUUGGUAACGACAGAGAGCCACACUUGUACUAUGACGACACUUGUGUUGUGCCAGAAAGACUGGAGGGUAAAGCGAAGCAGGAGGGUUUGCCAUACCAGCGCCGCGGCUCCCUGCAGCUCUGGCAGUUCCUGCUCACGCUGCUCGACAACCCGGCCCACGGACACCUGAUCGUGUGGACAGGACGCAACAUGGAGUUCAAACUGAUCGACCCCGAAGAGGUGGCUCGGCUCUGGGGGAUUCAGAAGAAUCGACCGGCCAUGAACUACGACAAGCUGAGCCGCUCGCUGAGGUACUACUACGAGAAGGGCAUCAUGCAGAAGGUGGCCGGGGAAAGGUACGUCUACAAGUUUGUGUGCAACUCCGAGGCGCUGUUCUCCAUGGCUUUCCCAGACAACCAGAGGCCGAGCCUGAAGGCCGACCCGGACGCCAUCCCGCCCCCCAGCGAGGAGGAGGGACUCCCCUUGCCCAGCUUCGAAGAGGAGGGCCCCUACCUGGCUGACGGAGGGGAGCAGGGCGCCCGGGGGCUGGCUUUCCCUGAAGGCUACCUGUACUAGCCUCUGGCAGAUGGAGGGACCACGAGAUAAUAUUAACAGGAGGACUCUGAAAUUACUGAGCAGUGUUUGAGAUUCUCAAAAAUGUCCACGUACGAUAUGUUUGUCACAGAAAAGACCAACUUAUCAGAUCCUUUUUUUUAAUUAUCCAUCAUAAAUGUCUCUUAUGCCACAAGUUCAUUUGCUAAAAGAGAGAAUCUCUAAGACUGUUAAUCUGAAUUCACUCAUUUGGUUUGAUUUGUUAUGAUGGGUUUCGGGGGCCACUGCCAGCAAAACAAUUAGGAGUUUUUAAGAAUUAAGUUGUAAUAUUUUAAUAAAAAAUUGCAGUUAAUUAAUAAUAAUAUAUACAACAAAUUUACAAGAAAGGGUAUUUAAAAAAAUGUUUCUUUUCUAUGAUGCAACAGUUAUCACCUUCACGUUGAUCUUAUUUUUCUCUCAAAAUAUUUCAAAUUUUAUUCUUAAAAUAAAGCGUGAACUCUGGGAUCUGGUAUUUCAACCAAAAAGUAUCUAGAAGCCAUGGCACUCCUUCACUGAAAGGGACCAACGUUUCAGUCCUCCUCUAACAUGUGUAUUAAAGAUGUCUUUUGUGUGUCCUUGUUUUCGAAGCUAAUAUUUUUGGCAUUAUACGGACUUGUACGUCUUUUGCUAUAACUGUUUUAAGACAAAGGUACUGCUACUAUUUUUUGACCCUGUAAUUCUCUGAUGCUAAAAAAACGUCGAGCAUGGACUUUCUUACUGACGGCUCAGCAGUUAUUGCACCGAGAUAGUUAACUGCAUUUUGUAUAAUUCAUUUGCUUCAGUGUGUAGAAAAGGUGUAUAAUUACAUAUGAAUAUAUUUUUGCUAAAGGCUGCGCGUGCUUGACGUCGUGCUAUGAGCUGCAGAGUUUCGCCUGCUAACGUGUCACAUUGAUUUCAGCAUCUCCGAGAGGUCGUGACCUUUGACCUCUGUGCACAGAGACUGGAUGUGGCUGUGUGAUGAAAGACGCUGACACCGGUGUGACGUCCACCCUCAGUUACUGUAUGUGUGCCUUAUGUUAUGAUCCUUACUGAUACAAUAAACUAUUUUACUCUUUU